CCCCUCCGUGCUCCCUAACUUCCCGAGAUAACCUUCUCGUUUGCCUUUUGUCAUUGUUUCUUACCUUCGAAAGUGGCUUUUUUGGGGAGCAGGAUCAUCCACCCGACCCCGCUUUCUACCGCGCAGCACAGCCUGAAUCUAACAGCCUACAAUCGGAUCUUCGGCAAUUGACGCUCCGCGCCCUGAAAGCACCGCGCCUGCAGUUCAAUGACACCUCUACCCGGACAGAUCGAUAUAGGCCUGGCGACGCUUGGCUGUAGGAGCCCAAACAUGUAUCCGUAAUUAAGUAACAUGCACGACCUGCUAACAAGGAGGGAUUUGAUGAGGAGAAAGCGAGCAUGAAGCUCAUUUGCCAUGUCUAAGACGGCGGUGAAGAAGCUGCACUGGCGUUCCAAGGUGCAAGACAGCUUCGUCCCGUUGCUCGGCCCGCCGGGGGAGCUGGGGAUCGCCAUUGGUGGAGGAGCAGAUUAUGGAGAGUUUCCUUUUGUCACGUCGGCUCCGGGGGGCGGACUCACAGUGGGUGAUGUCAUCCUAGAGAUUGGGGGAACACCGGUAUUAGGGAUGACAUUAGGAGACGUCCGUGGCGUCCUCAACUCCUGCCCCCAUCCGAUCCGCAUCAAGACUGUGUCCCCAGGCGCCACAUUGUGCAAGGAUCUCAGAAUGUAUCUGAGCAGGUGUUUCACCCCCGGCUCAGUGGACAGCCAACUUCAGCAGGUCAUCCGAGAGAACCUGUACCUCCGCGCUGUACCCUGUACAACCAGACAGCCCAGAGAGGGGGAAAUCUCAGGCGUAAACUACAACUUUGUCUCCAUUGAGGAGUUCUUCUCCCUGGAGGAGUCAGGAGCGCUGCUCGAGAGCGGAAAGUUCAAAGGGAAUUACUACGGCACGCCUCGGCCCGUUCACAUCAGCGCAGAGAGCCCCCCCAUCACCUACCAGGAACACCGCAACCUGCUCAGAAACUUUCGCACACGCAGCAAAUCGCUCAGCAACCUCGAGAAGCCCGCAGAGGACGGCGAAAACAGCGAGGACGACUCUGGCCUGUCAGGAGGCUCCGCAGGUGUCAGCAGCAGCGUCCCUCCCAGCCAUCGGUCCCCCGGGCGGCCCCGGGCUUCCAGCAGCGGGGAUGGUCGUGCCAUAGAGAACGGGGUCAUCGGCAGCAGAGGUGGUGCCAGGGGGAGAGGUGUGAUGCCGGAUCACUGGGAGCAGGCUUUCAGUGACCCCGGCGAGUCUCACUACAUAGAUCGCAACCCAAACAGGACCAAGUGGCAGAGUCCUCGAGCCUCAAGCAGGGAGACUGUCUACAAAAAUGAAUGGUUCACGGACCAGCCUGGGGAGCUCAGGGGUUUCCCUGUGCACACACACUUGACCAAGGGCUCCAGGGGGUUUGGUUUCAAUAUUGUCGGGGGCAGCAGGCCAAGAGAGUUCCUCCAGGUCUACAGUGUGACUGCAACUGGUCCCUCAGCACUCAAGACAGCGGACAUCCUGGUGUACAUCAAUGACUUUUGUGUGUUGGGGGUGUCUCACAAAGAGGUGGUAGAGAUGCUCAAGUCUGUGCCUGUGGGCCACGCUGUGGACGUAGAGGUUAGUAGAGGGUAUCCCAUGCUCUACAACCCUGACGGUUGUCCCAAGCAGCCCCCGCCAAGGCUACUGGAUAGCGGGGAACCCAUCCUACCACCCACCACCACCCAGCCGCAGCCUCUGCACCAACUACCUCGUCUCCCGACACCCACCCCCAGCACCCAGCACUUUGACUAUAAUGGGCUCCACAGUGACGGGAGGUACAUGGAACCCGGGGCGACUCUGGACGCUAAUGGAAAUGCUAUGUCGUUCACAACCAGACAGCCGUUGUCGUACAGACGCUCCAGUAUGAGCAACGCUACCUCUCCCCCGCCUGUGCGUCCUCCUCGUUCACUGAGAAGUUUAGCCCGGCUGCAGUCGUUCGACCCGACGCUCGCCAGCCAGAGUGACAGUGAAGUUGUUUCAGCCAUUGGUUCCCACAGGGCAUCAAUUAUCCGUAAUCACAACAAUAACUCCCUCUCAACACCCCCUCAUCCGUAUCGUUACGGCACAUCCAAGUCGUCUGAGAGUGACCUGUCCACCUGCACCCUGUCGGGGUCCCGGCUGCCUCUCCCUCAGUCCCCGAGGAGGCCCUCGUCCUCCCCCGGCGGGCCCCACAGCGCACACUCCCGCCUCUUCAGACCGCAGACCUCGCACCUCAGACCUCCUCCCACCCCUGACAGCCCACGCCAUUACCGUGGCUUUAACGGUUUCCAUGGCAACACCAGCCCCACUGCAAGUCACAGCAGCGUGUCCUCUCCUGGGGCAAUGAGUGUGGGCAGUGCAGUUGGCAGUUUGAGCGGAGGGGAGCUGGUGCCAGUGGCCUUGGGCAAGACCGAAGGACACCGAGGACUUGGCUUCAGCGUGGCGGCUGGCGGUCCAGGAGGCCGGAUGACUAUAGUGAAACGAGUCUGGGACAGGAGGCAGUGCAACUUCCUGCAGCCAGGGGAUGCUAUUGUCAAAAUCAACGGAGCAGACGUCCAGAGUCUUAGUUUUACACAGGUUCAGACAGUUCUCCAGGAACACACCAAACAGGCAGAAGUCAUCUUGUUGAUUUACAGAGGAGGCAUCUAUCACUCAACCAUUUCCCCCGGCUCCACCCGGAGACUCCCCCCGCCUCUACUCCACCCCCCUCCUCCGCCUGUUGGUUCCGACAUCUCCUCUGUGCGCCCAGAAACACUGCCUAAGCCCCGCACCUCCAUCAGCAACCCUGCCUCCCCAGCCCUGAAGCGCUCCUCUCUGAUCCAGAGCACCAGUUUUUUGGAGUCGAUCCCAGUGACCCUGACCAUGGAACCCAAAGACUGGAUCAACACGGGCCUGGAGGACGAGGCGGGCGGCGUCACAGUUCCUGACUCCGGUCUGGAGAGGCAGGGUGGGGUCCGAACUUGGCCGCUCAGAGGGUUUGAUGUGGAGCUGAGGAGAAAGCCAGGAGAGGGCUUUGGCUUCGUCAUUGCCUCUCAGGAUGUGGAGAAUGGCAAAGCUGCUUCGCUUCUCCCUCACCGGUUUGUGACGGUACGUCGAGGCAGCCCGGCGGCCAAGAGCGGUCAGAUUCGGCCUGGGGAUCGGUUAGAGGCAGUGGAGGGACGCUCGGUGGUGACUCUGCCUCAUCGGGAACUUGCUCAGAUCCUUCGUCGAGCAGGAAACACUCUGCGCCUCACCAUUGUCCCCCGACCUAGCACCUAUUCUUCAAGCCUUUCAGAAACCACUGAGUAUGACCCCGCUAACAGAGGCAGAAAGGGUCAGAGGUUGCGCCCAAAGCGUGACUCCAGGUACUACAGUGUAGACCUGGAUCGUGGCCACUCAGGCUUCGGAUUCAGCCUCAGAGGGGGCAGCGAGUACAACAUGGGUCUUUACGUCCUGGGACUGAUGGAGGGGGGGCCAGCUUCACGGAGCCUAAAAAUGCAGGUGAGCGAUCAGCUUGUGGAGAUCAAUGGGGACAGUACAGCAGGGAUGACCCACAGCCAGGCGGUGGAGCAGAUCCGCAGAGGAGGCCACCGCAUCCACCUGGUCCUCAAGAGAGGAAACGGCUACGUGCCCGACUAUGGCCGUGAGCAGAGAAUCGCCCCCUCCUCCCUCCUGCAUCACCCCAAGGAGCAGGGUUUGGCUGCAGUAGACUCCACCGGGCGGAAGGGGCACAGCUCCAAGCAGAAGAGGAGAAGCAGGUCUUUAAAUGGACGUGAGACAGAGAAAGGGACAGGAAGGAGCAGAAGAAGACGGGGCUCAGAGGAAGGAGGACGCCCGGCUUUACAAAGCCCUAUCUCUGAGCGGGAAGGGAGGUCUCGGGAAGCCAGGGACAAGACGAGGAGGAGGAGGAGGAGAAAGAAAGAGUCCCAGAGUUUACCCAGAGAUGCUCUCAGGAGUUACGAUGAUAGUGACACAGAAAGAGGGACAGUGAGGGGAGAGAAAUGUGAGAGGGAGAGAGGGAGGAGCAAAAGCAGAGAAAGUCAAACUGAGGAGCGGGUGAGGAAGGUAGAGGGUAAAGAGCCUGAGGAGAAGGAGGAAGAGCAUGAGCUGCCUGCUGUUGAGGAAAAGGUGGAGGAAGUAGAGGAGAGCGUCGGUUUGGAGAUUGAAGAGAGUGUCGAUGAUGUUUUCUUACCCAUGCCAAGCCCCAAACAAAAGCUUCCCACACCCAAACAAAACUGGGAGUCGAUGUAUGAUGAAAACCGGGACAUGGCAGCGGAGUACUGGGAUCAGGAGAGGCCAUGGGGCGACAACAGGAGUGGCAAUAGAGAGCCAGGGCUGAACGAGGAUCAGAAAGACGACGGUGCACAAAGCUGGCGUGUCGAGAGGCCUUUACGCAGCGCCGCCGCGAUACAUCCGGCGUCACGGAGAAAGCGCUUCUCCUUCCCCGCCUCCGAACUGUCGGUGGAGCAGCAGGACGAGGACGAGGAGGAGUCUGGAGGCGGCGAUUCUGACAGCAGCGCGUCAGCUGCCAGCAUCUCAGGCCUCUCUCUGGCCGCCACAGGAGCCGGCGGGCACAGGGGAAAGGUGCUCCCGGGCCCUUGGCUCGCACGCAGCCAGCAGAGGCUUGCUCAGGUCCCGGAGGGGAACAGGCGCCCCGGGGUGGCGGACAGGCCAGGGAGGAGGGAGAGAAGCGCUGUCUCUUGACUUUUAACUGGAAGUAGAGCGCGCAGCAGCUGUAAAACACAGUAUCCAAUUCGGUCAGUCUCACACUGUUAGACCUCGACUUGUUCUUUCUGCAGCUACCCACACUACCAACAUCUUCUCUCAGUCACUUUGAUAUCUACAGUAUGAAGUCAUAUUCUUUGUGCCUUUUUUAGAGCGGACCUCUGGCUGAUGUUACAUGUCAGUAUCACAACUUGUGAAUGACACCGACAUGGUAAAGUUAUGUGUGUUUUUCUGAGGCACUCUUGCCCUCACUGUGUUCCACUUCUCCCCUUACGUUAGUCAUAGAUGUUUCCAGGACAGCAAGGUAUUUUUCAGACACCUUGGUUCAACCUACUUCAUAUCUCUCGGUCACCUCUCGGCAUCCCUGUCUUUGUGCCACUUUAGCAGAGUAAUCCUCUCUAAAGUACCUCCCUACUGUACAAAGACUGUAUAGACAUACCUGUAUGUAUACCUCAUGAAGAUACUGAGCAAUAAAAAUGCAACUGUCCUGACUAUCAGCCGUCCGUUCCCACUGCACUGCACCUCAUUGAUCUGGCCGGAGAGGAAACAGUGUAACACGUUUGUACAAUAUCCUCUUUGUCUUAUGUGGACACUUGCCUCAACUUGUAAUGUCGUUCCAUAUAACUGAAUAUUUGGAUUGUGCUAAUGCAAAACCCUUUUAACAGCAGGUGUGAAAUCUAUAAUCUGUAAAUAUUUGUAGAGAAAUAAAUGACAGAACCUAUUGUAAAUACUCUACUAACUGGAGCCAAGCCCUGAUCUGUAUUACUUAACUGUAAUACGUCAUGAUAAGUAUAUACUAUAUAGGAAUAUAUAUGCAGCAAAUCUAUAUAUUACAUAAAACAGCUACCCAGUCACUUUAUUUAUUGUGUGAUGAUUUUUUGUGAAAACUGGUAUAUAGCUUUUGUGACGGCUCAAAAAUAUAAACACAGACUAUAGAACUAUAUUGUACCUGCCCUAUUCAUAAAUGAAUGUUUUAUAAUAUGCUGCCUGAGUGGGAAUUACGAUACUCUAUGUUGUACCCUACUUCAGAGAUCAGCAAAAGAUGCCCAAAAUAUGCAUCCGGUGUGCAGAUUUCAAGUACUGUUAAUAUUGGGGAUCAGAACAAAAAAACACUAUCUAGAUUCUAGAGUGUGCCGUGCCCAUCGUGCCACGUACAGUUGCCUUGGUAACAUAAACCACUUUAUCCUAACCACGGAUUUUUCUUACUGUGAAAACCAUUGCUCUGAUGUCUCUGAUGCGCCAGUAGGGUAGGCUGUUUAGUUUUUUUCAGUCAUGCCCCAAAAAAAAAAAAAAGGCCCUUACUGUAAAUCCACAAGAAUAAUCCUGAUUCCUAAUCACCUCUGCAGGAGCUCAGUGUUGCAUCUAAGACGGCAAACUAGCACAUCAUUUUGUUUUGCUCUAUUUCUACAAAUUACGUUCUAAAGAAAAACAUCCAGGCUGAAUGGAUUUUGUGAGAUGUUAUUUUUCUAUGAAAUUGUCUUUUUUGACUCAGGUUUUUUGCUCUAGAUAAGCCAUUAUAGGAAGAAAAGCUACAAAGUGACUUCACGUCAUGUUCAUAACAACAGAGCGGAUUCGUAUCAUUUAAAGGUUACAGUGAUUCGUUAUGGCGGCAUUUGCAGAUGCAGACUGUUACGGAUGUUUGUCACCAGCCCAUAACUAUCUCAAGACUGAUGCUUUAAGUGAAGUCAAUCAUUUUUACACAAACCAACGAAGUGAAAUGAAUUGCUUAGUGUGUGCCCUGCCCAUUUGUUUGCAUUGCUGUGCUGCCCAGUGAUGGUAGCACAGUGACCAAAGCAAUGACCAUACGGAGUAGCUCGGUAGCCUAUAUGUAAGACUUAUUUUAUAACGUUUUCUAAUGUUCUUUUUUUUUUUUAGACUUUCAUUUCCUAAGGGGAAUCAUAUGGCCGAACUGUAAACACAUUCUAAUAAAACUGCAAAUAAACGGCUGAACUAAU